AUGGCAGACGACUCUGGGAAAGACCAGGGCGCGGCUACCCGCGCGGUGCAGUCGGUCAUCAGCGCCGUGCGCGUCCAGGACUCGGAGUUGAAGCGGUGGAGGCGCACCUUCGACUCGAACGCAAAAGUAGUCGACAACGGUGAGAAGUUCCUUAACGCCGAGCAAUUCGUGAGCGCCGUUGCGCCUUCCGGCGAUUUGUCUCGCAUCGGUCGCGCCCAGUUCGCCCUGCUCUUCCGCGUCGCCGACGCGAACAAACGCGGACUGGUCUCCUGGGAUGACUGGACGGUCUUCCAAACGCUCCUUAAACGGCCAGACGCCGACUACUACAUGGCCUUCCAGUUCUUCGACUCGGACAACUCGGGAACCAUCACUUUCGACGAGUUCAAGAGCGCAUUCCAGCAAAACGUCGCGCAAGACGCCAUUCCUUUCGACUUUGACUGCGAUUGGGUGAAGCUCUACCUCGGCAAGAAAAACGGAACCCAUGUGCUCGGCUAUAACGAGUUUACCCAGCUCAUGAAGGGCUUGCAAGGCGAACGCCUCCGCCAGUCUUUCAAGUACUUCGAUGACAAUCAGGAUGGCUUCAUCCGUCCGGACCAGUUUAAGCGGAUCAUUCUGGAAACUAUGGGCCACAAGCUGUCAGACGCCGUCAUCGAACGGCUGCCAACGCUCACUGCGCUCACGCCCGGCGGGCGUAUCUCGUACUCUGAGGUAGUGGCGUUCCAUAAUGUCGUGCGAGAAAUGGACAUGGUUGAACGCGUCCUUCGGGAAGCCACGGAGAAGUCCAAGGAUGGCCGUAUCGACCAGAACGACUUCCUCAACCACGCUGCGUUAACGUCACGUUACUCGCUGUUCACGCCUAUGGAGGCGAACAUCAUCUUCCACUUCGCCGGACGCGGGCACGCGACGCAGCGUCUCCCGCUGAUCGACUUCGCGCAGCUGCUCGACCCGAGAUGGAAAGCGCCCGGUGACUACGAGGAGAGUGCGCCGACCAUCGCUAGGUCAAAAUUGCAAUCCUUCUUACACGAAUUCGCACAUUCGGCGUACAACUUCGGCCUUGGAGGUAUCGCUGGAGCAUUCGGUGCCACGAUGGUGUAUCCCAUUGAUCUGGUCAAGACACGCAUGCAGAAUCAGCGUAACAACGUUGUCGGGCAGGUGUUAUACAAGAACAGUCUGGACUGUGUACGCAAGGUCUUUGUCAACGAGGGCGCUCGCGGCUUCUACCGAGGUCUGGGUCCUCAGCUCAUUGGAGUCGCGCCAGAGAAGGCCAUCAAGUUGACUGUCAAUGAUCUUGUUCGUGGUCGCGCGAUGGACCCAGAAACCGGAAGGAUACCGGUGCCUUGGGAGCUCAUUGCCGGUGGCACUGCUGGUGGUUGCCAAGUGGUAUUCACGAAUCCCCUCGAGAUCGUGAAGAUCCGCUUGCAGAUGCAGGGUGAGGCGGCCAAGGUCGAAGGCGCCGUGCCCCGCGGUGCCGUUCACAUCAUCAGGCAACUCGGACUGCUCGGACUAUACAAAGGCGCUAGCGCUUGUUUGCUGCGCGAUAUCCCUUUCUCCGCCAUCUACUUCCCGGCCUACGCGCAUCUGAAGAGCGAUGUAUUCCACGAGGGUCGGCAUGGGAAGCGCCUCUCGUUCUUCGAGACGCUGUCGGCUGCGGCCAUCGCUGGUAUGCCAGCGGCAUACUUGACCACGCCUGCCGACGUCGUCAAGACUCGCUUGCAGACGGAAGCGCGAAAGGGUCAGACGCACUACAAGGGUCUUCUCGACGCAUUCUCCAAGAUCUACCGGGAAGAGGGUUUCGCGGCGCUAUUCAAAGGAGGCCCGGCGCGUAUCCUUCGCAGCAGUCCUCAGUUCGGCUUCACCUUAGUGGCGUACGAGUACUUGCACAAGUUCGUACCGUAUCCGUUCAGGGAUGGCCCGAAAGGUGUCGAGACUGCGCUUACGUCUGGUCGUUCGGACGAUGUUACACAAACACGCGCACGGAACGCGCUGAAGAUCCUUCUGGAUGUACACGGAGACUUUGGCCGCAGGGCCGUGUCUGCGCCGGGCAGCAUCAACAGCUCUUCGUCGUGA